AUGUUCAACAACGAUAUCAACAACAGCAAUGUUGGUGAUGAUAGUAACAAUAACAAUGAGUUUGAUACAACAGCAAUAUUACAUGCAUUGAGUAACAGUAAUAAUAGUAAUAGUAGUAGUAAUACAAGUAGUAUGAGUAGUAUGAGUAGGAGUAAUAGUGGUUUGGUAGUUGGAGAUGAUUCACCAGUGUUGACAUCAUCCACCAACUCAUUGCCACCAACAUAUAGUCCGACAUUCGUCGGUAUCAAGCCAAAGGGUACACUACUACCUUCAAUUGCACAGCCACAACAACAACAGCAACAACAAUACUCUCCACAACUACCAUCGAACCAAACACUUCAUACAUCACAUGAUGACAAUAGUAUCAUGAGCAAGAUUAUGGGUGGCAGUCGAGGUGGAUCACGAAAUGCCAAGUACACGCCACCACCCAUCAGUUUGGAUCCUUCAUCAUCAACAUCAUCUUCCAAGCAUGCCAUUGUGGAUGACGAUGAAUACUACGACGAGUAUGAACCAUCAGCAUCAUUGAUCAAUCAUAGCAAUGAGUUUGCCGAUGAGGAGUACGACCCCGACACACCUCUAAAUCCAAGCGACUUUAGCAGGAUAUAUAAUACCGUGCCCCAUCACACAACAAAGAGAUUCGUAUAUAGGUUCCCACUUUGGAUGGAGGAGAAGUUAAGAAGGUUCGAUGACCCUAUUAUAGCACUGUGCCAGAGGAACACGAGUCGAGCAAUGUAUUAUUUCAGUUUAGGUAUCACAGCAUUUGUAGCAAUAGAGAUUGCCGUCAUGGCACCAUUCGUCCUUUUCAUUCUUGGUCAAGAUGCCCUGGCAACAGAGUACACCUAUCUUGCCCUGCUCCUGGCCCUACUCUCACAGGUACCCAAGAGGUUCCUCUGGCGAUUCAGGCCCUACAUGGUUCACAGAGCCAAGACUGUUAAGAAAGAUAUGACAUCAUCAUUCCCCUCGAGGGCAGUCACAUGCUCGGUUGUGUAUAGCUUUGCCUUUAUCUGGGGCUUGUUGUACUAUACGGGCGGACCGUCGUUUCAAUGGUGGAUGCCCUUCCUGUUCAUCGUGAUGAUUGCAUUGUCAUCUUUCGCCAGGAUCAAUUUGGGCGUACACUAUCCAUCGGAUUGCGCGGCGGGCGUGCUUCAGGGCGCGCUGGUCUGUCUGAUUGGCACUGGACUGAGGAGUUUGGACAUUAGUGGAUGUCGUUCAUGCUGGGAUGGUGCAUGCUAUGCAUCGACACCAUCAUGCGUUCUAUCCUUCUCCACACUUGGCAGACUAAACUUUGUCAUGAUGGCUGUUCUCAUUGUCAUAUGCAUAGUCAUUCCCAUUGUAUCAGUGAUGAAGCCAGUGGACUUUUGGUCAAAGUGUGACCGUGUCUAUGGCAUGCUAUUCCCAUCAGUAUGCUUCCAAUUGUUGUUCCUCUGCCCCAGAUCAUAUUCAACCAAUGCAUCAUUGCCAAAGCCACCAGUACCUCAUUGGUACUCUUUCAUAUUUGGAAUAUCCCUGGCAUUACUCGCCACCGUAUUUGCAACCAAGGUCAAACUAAAGAAUCGAUUGAUUACAUUCUGGGCAAUAUUCUUGGCCCUGACUGUAUCAUUGUUCUGUUGGAGAAUAUCAAUGGUUGGAUAA